AGUUUGCACCGACCUGCCGCUUUAACCAUGAGUUCCUAUGUCGGCGCACGGAUCUAGGCUCAUGACAAUCUGUGGUCGCAUCGUGACACACGUCUUGAUUAUGCCGAGAUAAACGCACAUCCUGCUCUCCUCUAUGCGAUCAUGGCAUGUGAUGCUUCUUCUCAGGAGGACUUCCCGGGUGAAGUGAUGCCCAGACCUCUGCCGUGCACAUGCAACAAGAAGUGCAAGACUAGAAGCAGCAGCGCUAUAUUCUUUGGAUUAUUCCUGCUGUCUCUGUCUCUGCAUGUCAUCACGCUCGUCUGCUAUCUGGAUCUGCGGUCAGAAGUGAAAAGGGAAAUAGUUCACCAAAAAAGAGACUCGAUAUGGAGUGGAGGUGAUUUGCCCGACGGCCCGGCGUUCUCAAACAGCUCCCAGCCAGCGAACCCCGGCAGCGUCGGAGAGGGUCGUGAGGAGGAGCAGUUACUCUACAGACCGAGUGACAUCCAGGGCCCAGAAGACCGUAGGGGCAUAACACAGCGGUCAAAAAGAAGCCCUAGUAAGCAGUCUGAUUCAGAAUCAACUGGAAAGGAAAGACGAAAAGAGAAGAGAAAAGGAAGGAAGAGGUCUCCGGGUGCGCAGGGGCCUCCCGGCCCCCCCGGCCCCCCAGGGCCGCAGGGGCCCCCAGGCAUCCCAGGGAUCCCUGGCAUCCCUGGGAGCAAUGCUGUCGGCCCAGCCGGACCACCCGGGCCCCCUGGCCCUCAAGGACCUCCAGGCCUCCAAGGUCCAGCAGUGACUGCUGACAAGACCAAAACAAAGGAAUUUCAGCCGGCAGUGGUGCAUCUGCAAGGGCAGGAAACGACCAUCCAAGUGAGGGAAGAUCUGUCCGAGGGCGUCCUGCGGAACUGGAAGAUGGUCUCCAUCCACCACCGCGUCUUCAAGAUGCACUCUCGCUCCGGGGAGCUUGAGGUGCUGCUGGAUGGGGUCUACUUCAUAUAUAGUCAGGUAGAAGUUUACUAUCUGAACUUCACGGACAUUGCCAGCUACGAGGUGAUGGUGGACUCCACGCCGUUCCUGCGAUGCACCUGCAGUAUCGAGACGGGCCAGCGCAAGUUCAACACCUGCUACACUGCCGGGGUGAGCCUACUGCGUGCCGGCCAGCGGAUCUCCAUCCGCAUGGUGUACGAGGACACCCUCAUCAGCAUGACCAACCACACCACGUUCCUCGGCAGCGUUCGCCUCGGCGAGGCGCCAUCUGCUGGCCAACACUGACCACUGCAGGGAGCCGGUGAAGGGCCCGGCUCAGGAAGUGCCGCAAAGCGGCAACCCCCACCCCAAAAAAAGAGAAAUAAUCGUUUGCGGAGUCCGACUCUGCAAUCAUCCUUUCCACUAAUGGUCCCAGUAGCGUGUAACGGGGAAGGAUUAUCAGAAUAAUACGUUUUGUUUAAAGAGGCAACUCCUCAAACCCCAUAAAAAAAACCCUGCUGGCGAGAAAUAUGAGGCCAUUUGUUGAGAGCCUGUCGAGAAGGAACUGUAGAACUUUUUGAUCGGAGAAACAUUUCUUUUUGAGGAAGCCAAUCUGUGACUUUUUGUUUACUUUCCCUUAUUCUGUGUUCUGGAACAGAAGAGGAGUCUUGGGCAAGGACGCCGAGCUUCUCACGAAAAGACUCAACGGCCCCUCGUUAUUUAUAGACAUGGAGUAGUUUUUUUUACACUUAGGCAUUUCUUUUUUUAUAUUGAGGAAGGACACUGCGCUGACACAUACUUUAUAUUUACGUACCUUACUUGCUGUCCAAUGAUAACCUUGUAUCUCCAGAAAAAAAAGGGCUACUCAAAGAGUAAUGAAAAAUGACUAAGUAUCGGACUGUAGGCGUUGGCUUUUCAAAAUAAAAUAUAUGUAGGAUGUUCUCAGCAUCUGUGGCCUGUGGAUUGCAAAUUGAAAAAUAAAACAUGUAAAGUGAAACCAGAAAUUGAUUUCCCUCAUAAAUGGAUUUAAAGGUGUUCACAAGAUGGCAGCACUAUGUAUUUGCACAUAUUUGCACUACAGCAUCCGGAAUAUCAGUGAUAUGUUGUUAUUUUUAAACAAUGCAAUUGUUUAGCUACCGUAUGAAUGAAUCCAUGUUGAAAAAUGAUAGUUAUGUUUAUAUGUCACUGUAUAUAUUGUAUAUAAAAUGGGAUAUACUUUUUGUAAAUUGAUUUGAUUGAUGGAUUAAAAUGUUUCAUUUUUUGCCUUAAAGCAUUUGUCUCUCUUACUGGUCUUUUUUCAGCUGGUGUUUAAAAAGUCUACUACUCUUCUUUCAUAUUGAACUCCACUGGCACAAGAACUGACAAGAACAAAUUAUGUUCCUUGAAUGAAGCCAUUGUCUUUAUUAAAACAUUGCUUUUUACUUGGACUGUGAGUUUCACAAUGCAUCGCAUCGUUUUAUUGGCUAUCGUCUCCAUUCAAUCUAAAUGAGUUCCAUCUUGAGAAGUCCAUAAAAAAAAGAGCAGUCGAAGAGGGCUCUUCAUUGGGAAGCGCGCUUGACACUGAGCAUUUCAAGCUUUGGUGUGACCUCACCGCUUGGUUAGAAACCUGAGGAUACCUCAAGUGCUCCAAGCCGCAAAAUGCCUUCAAAACACUUUACUAUCAGUACACAGUGUUUAUACUCCAUUUAAUCCUUCCUUGAUUUACACUGCCAGCAUGUCGGAGAAUGAAUAGAAGACAAACUCUGGGGGGAUCUCGUUAUAUAAUUGAAUCAGAAGUUUUGAGAACUUCGUGAUGGGGUGAUGAGAGAGAACAGACAAGUGUGGUAUGUCACUGAUUACGGAGUAUGGAGUCAUCUUGGACACUGUACUACUGAGACUCGUUGCCGUUAUCCGGCACUUGGAUAGCGCUGCAAUAAUAAAUCUUGUCUCUGUGUUUUCUCUGAGGAGUUCCAAGUUGCGCCCCUUUCCCAACGAAAUGAAAGAAAAAUGGAGAAAAAUAAAGUCGGGUGGGGGAGACAGGGUGGUCAGUUGAGAGAUGAAAAAGUGUGCAUUACUUUAAAUCUAAUCUAGAAGUGAGGCCAUCAAAA